AAGGUAAAGUAGCAGUCCUGUUCCUUAGCAACCUUUCUUAAUUGCAUGCCAGUUCUCCAUUUACAAACAACAAAACAGAGUAAGCUGAAGUCUAAAUAUAUGUCUCAAAAGUACACAAGUAAAAAACAUAAUAAUUAACAUUAAAUACAGCAGAUGGAAAUAAUCACACAAACAGCAGGUAUGGUUACAUGGAGUGAAGACUUGGGAAACAUGAGGUUUUCCAAAAUGAUUUCCCACAGUGAACCUUUGUUUCAAUUUGACAGAAAAACAACCUUCUCCGCAAGUAAAAGCUUGGCAGAUAUAAGAAGUAAGAGUUUUGUGUACCCUGGAACGGUGCCAGAUUAUAGUAUAUGGUCAAGAAAAGCACCUGAUUUCACCCCAAAGCUGUACAGAUCACUUAGCUUACCAAGGAAUACACGAGAAAGCAAGCAGCCUGCAUCUAAAAUGACCAACUCUGCUGGGAAACUGGACAUUGUAGAGGAAAUUAAAACUACAGUACUACCUGAAAUAGUCCAGAAAAAAGAAUCUCCUAAAUUCAUUGCAAAAUUUAAACCUCCUGACGCACAGGAAGCCAGGAUAAUGUUUGUGAAGACAGGGAAAUACCCUACUGCUGGAUUUAAAGACCCCAAGCCACAUGAUUUUAGACAGUAUGACGAGACUAUGCCAGACUUUAAUACCACUUAUGAGCGAGAUCCUUGGAAUCUGAAUUUCAAAUCUCAGCAAUUAAAUGCAAGUACCGGUCUUCAACCAGUAAAGCAUUCGCAAGAGAAAACCAGUGUUGGAAGACUUGACACAUAUAAACCUCAGGAACUUAAAUGGGAUUCAAAGUUAAUACUUCCAAAGAAGUCAUGGCCUCCAAAAUCUGCUUCCUAUUCAAGACAUAGACGGAGACGUGGGGUCUACAGUGCAUUGAUGGAACGGGUGGAAGACAAGCUCGCUAACGUUUGGGAAAAGGUGUGAAAAAACUACCAUACUCACUUCUUUAAGGCUGUGUUUGUCUUGUUUUUUUUUUUUUCAGACAAAUUAUAUUGAAUAUCGAUGAUACUUUAAGGAUUUCGAAAAUAUCUGGAAAAAUUCCAUCUGUGAUCUUGUUUGCAAGCACACAUUAUACUUUGCAGAAAUGUACAGAUCAAAAACCCUAAAUUUUAACAUUCAAAUAAAUACAGUCAGAAUAAAAUGACAGAUUAUUGUCCAGCAGAUGUAUAUUUCAAAAUACAUAUUAUUUAAAAAAAAUAUCAGAAACCUAUUAUACAGUAUGUAAAAAGAUUAAAAUGUAUUCAACCAAAGAGUAAGUUUGAUAGAUUUGCA